AUGGGAGGCCGGCUCUCCGGCGUGGAUGCGAAGGUACCGGUGAGGCUGGUUCUGUUCCCAGGACACCUCGCGGAGCUUCUGGGGACCCCGGGUCCCGCGUGGCCGCGGGCGCUGCCCCGAGCACCCGUCCCGGGGGGCAGGGAAGAGCCGCCGUCAGCAUCCUCCGGGAGGCGAAAGGUGGAGCCCGGCCCGUUCCCGCAGAGCGUCCGUUCCUGCUUCCCCCGGGCUGGCCCCGUCCUGGCGCGGUGCCGCCGGCUGCCCCGGGGCUCUGGGGCCGGCUGCCCCCGCUUGCCGCCUGGGGCAGCCAUGCCCUCCCCCAGCGACUCCAGCCGCUCGCUGACCGGCCGCACGUCUCGCAGCCUCACCCACCUCCGCGUCCAGCAGACCUGGCUGCAGAUCCUGCUGGUGCUGGGCUUCAUCCAAGUGAUCCUGGGCGUCCUGAUCGUCACCUUCAGCCUGGUGGCGGCCACCAUCACGCCCUCCGCCAAGAUCCGGCACUCCUGCCCGUCUUGGGCCGGCUUCUCGCUGGCGCUGUCUGGGCUCGUCGGCAUCGUCUCCUGGAAGCGGCCGCUCACCCUGGUGAUCACCUUCUUCACAUUGCUGUCAGUGCUGGGCAUCAUGCUGAGUCUCGCCGGGUCCAUCCUGUCCUGCCAGAAUGCGCAGCUGGUGAAGUCCCUGGAGGCCUGCGAGAGGGAGAGGGACUCAUGUGUCUGCUGCCAGGCCCGCUCAGAGCCACUGCCUGCCUCCUGCAGCCAGCAGAGCGAGAUGCUGACCAUGUUCCCCAACCCCGACUGCCGGAGCAUCCGCGUGGCGCUCAAGGAUCUCCUCUUCAGUGUCUGCGGCUUGACCGUCUUCUCCACCAUCAUCUGCACGCUCUCUGCUGUUGUGUGCUGCAUCCAGAUCUUCUCCCUCGACAUCGUCCAUGUGCUGGUCCCCCAGCGCUCAAGCUCCGUGACGCUGGAAUGCACGUCCCCCCCCGACACCUUUCUGCAGAGCAUGAUGGACUUCGAGGAGUUCGUGCCCCCAGUACCGCCACCCCCCUACUACCCACCCGAGUACACCUGCAGCUCCGAGACUGAUGCGCAGAGCAUCACCUACAACGGGUCCAUGGACAGCCCUGUGCCCCUCUACCCAACUGACUUCCCCCCCUCCUACGAGACUGUGAUGGGGCUGCGGGGGGACAGCCAGGCCACCCUGUUUGACUCGCAGCUGACGGAUGGCUCGCACGCCUGCACCUGCGACCGCGUCCCCUCCAUCGUGCUCAGCGGAGAAGUGUCCAUGGACAGCGGGUCCCUGAUCAUGUCCGAGAUCAUGGACAUCCCCGGGGACAGCAGUCCCUCAGAGGACUCGUGCCUGCUGGAGCUGCAGGGCUCCAUGCGCUCCGUGGACUACGUCCUCUUCCGCUCCAUCCAGCGCAGCCGCGCGGACUACUGCCUGAGCGUGGACUGCGUGCAGUGCAGCCACCACGUGCGCAGCCCCAUGCUGGGCUUGCAGGGGCCCUUUGAGGAGAUGCCUCAGCCCCGGGUGCGGGGAGAGCGUUCCUACUCCUGCUCCACGGCAGAGCCUGGCCACGACGGCAUCCUGGUGGGGGGAGCUGUCACCCACAGCUGCAAUCGCCUGGAGGGGCUGGCCCGCUGCGUCGGUCCCUGCUUCCCCGAGGUGCGGCUUAAGGAGAAGGGCUCGCUGCAGGGGCGCGGGGGAGACUGCCCUGCAGGGCCCGGCACCAGGCGCCUCUGCCACCCACGGCGCAACAGCGAGACCUCCUGCCCCUCAUCCCCAGCCCCGGGGCUGAGCCAGCGCCCGCUCGUGAGGUCGCACAGUGACCCCGGCGUCCUGACAGCCGGUGAUGCUGCAGAUUUCAGGGAAGUACUUUAUACCAAAGCACUGGAGGACACCGUGUCUAACUCCUCUGCGGAUACAGGGCUGUGCUCUGAGGCCUGCCUGCUCCGCCAUUCGCACUGUGACUCCCCCCCGCUGCUCCGGGCUGGCUCAGCGGGGAAGAGCAAGCUGCUGCCCUCCAAGAAGGUGACGCAGCAGCUGUCGAAGACAACAACCCGUUCCCUGGGGGACCUCAAGGUCUGCCGGGGCACCCGUGGGCUGGUGGCCAGGUUCCUGCAGAGACCCAAGCGCAGCCCAGCAGCUGGCAUGGAGGUGCCUGGGCACAGCUCCCAGGGGCACAAGCAGGUUCCCUGGAGCGCCUGGCUGGGAGCGGAGCGGCCACAUGAAGGCAUCCACCUGCAGAGCUGCGGGGACCUGAGCUCCACCUCAUCCCUGCGCCGGCUCCUGUCUGCCCGCCGGCUGGAGCGCAGCCGCCCGCGGAGCCUCAGUGGGACCUGCAAGGAAAGCGUCCUCUGA